GUUUUCAAUGGCCGGCAACUACUUGUUUAUCUCCAGUUUUUAAUGAUUUUUCGGUGUAAAUAGCCAAAUAUUCAGCCAUCCAACUAGUUAGUCAUCAAGCUAAAGCCUCCAAGAGUCCUUAAAACAUCAUGUCAUCGUGGUUUUGUGCAGUGCCAGACUGCAAAAACAACUCCUCAAACUCCCAUGUCUCGUUCAAACAUGACUUUCCACGUGGUGGUUUGAUGAAGCAAAAGUGGCUGGAAGCGUGUGGCAUCAAAGAAGCGAAGAAAAACACCAAAGUCUGUCGCGACCACUUCCACGAAAGGGACUACACAAUAUUCUCGCAUUCCCCGAAUGGAGGUUGUCGAUUGCGACCGAAUGUGGUGCCGUCCAAAAAUAUGGGACGAGACCGAGCACUCCGAUCAUCUCGUGAGUUCACAUCGACGCCGAAUUCAAUGAUGACCGACUACAAUUACAUCAGUGAGGUUUCGUUGGAGGAAUUGAAAGAAGCAGCCAGGAAUACUUCGAUCAAAGUGAUGCUCGACAAACGCGAAGCUUUGAAUGGAAUUCGGAAAAAUGGCAGUAUCAAUGGAGAAGGCGAACCUUGCAAAAAACUAAAGUUGUCCGAAGCGAAAGAGCCCCCAAAACUGCCAACAACAUCACAAGCGAUAAUUUUACUCAUGAACUCGGAUCCGUACAAAUAUCUGGGACUGACUCCCGCAUCAAUUGACUUGGUGGAGACCCUUGCAUCGAAUAUCAGCAUUUCCGAAAUGAAUGUCAUCCUCACGUUCCGCAAACUGAAACUGGACGAGGACCUGUCUGUGCUAGAAGACUACUUUAACUUGAAGGACGGCGAGGCAAAGGAACUUUUUUGCUAUACGACAAAAACGAUUGCGCGAUUUAUGCAGAGUUUAGUGCAACUUCCAUCGAAGUACGUUGUCUUUGAGGACAUUCCAGUGAGUGCGCGCCGAAAACUGUGCCAGACACGAUUUUAUCUCAGUUCCUUCCCCGUUGUCAUCGAGAAAACACAAGAUUUGUACAUCAACGAAGUGACUUUCAAUGGUACAAAGCACGUCAUCAACUACUUUUUCUUGGUAACGCCCGACGGAUGUAUCGCCCAUGUGUCUCCCGGCUAUGGAGGACGAUUAACGCCCGAGAAAACCUUACCGGCAAUCAAGAGUAUCAGGGAAUUAAUUGAAGAUGGCUUCAAUAUUAUCGAUCUCGUGCCCGAAUUUCAGGAGGACGAAGAGGAUCCCGAGAAGAAUCUUAAUUUUGAGCAAAAAUUGGCAUUUGAGACCAUUAAACGGAUGCGCCAAUUCACCUUGAUCAACAACAAGAAAGCUUUGACUUCGGAUUUUGUCAAAUUGCUGGACGAAAUCGUCAUCAUUAUUGCAGCAAUGGUCAAUUUACAGUCAGUGAAUUACGAUGACGAUGAACAACCAUUUACAAAAGAAGAAAAAAUAGAACCAUAAGUCUUAAUUCAUCGAUCAAAUUCAAUUAUUUAGUGCGUAAAAAUCAAAAGAAAUAUAUAAUACA